UUUUUCCAAUGUCCAGUCCAAUGGUGACAGAGUCAUCCGAGUGCAGAGUCAACUUAACCCCUAUUUAAAUUGCGCAGAUCUCAAGAAUGAAGCAUGGAGAAAAGGAAGGAUUCCAUCGAAACUGCGAGCAGCGUUGAUGGAUGUGGGAUAUCGUACCGGUUAAGCAUCCGAGAGACGAAGAGCGUGAGAGAGAGAGGGGAAGCUGCUCGAUGGAUCACUGAUCUACGCCACCCAGGCCCACGGGCGAAGGAGCUGCAGCAAUAAACUCGAACGUGUUCCAUACGUCUGACUCAGUGCGCUCGAGUCUUUCGGGCAAGUUGGUCGCUUUUUUCUUGGCCGCUCUCUCGAGCUUGCAGGCUCUGCGCGUCGGGAUAAUAUUUCGGAUCCUUCGGUUCGCGACGGCCCACGUGGUAAUACAACCAGCACAAUCGCUUCGCCGCGCGUGCACGAAGCGCACGGUUUCCUAAAAUUAACUGCGCCGAUAAGUUCUCGAAAGCAUGCUUCUCGUUCUAUCCAUCUGCACCUUCCGUUUCGCUAAACGCGUGUUUAUCUCUUUCUAGCUUCGCCGGGUUAACCUAUAAACAUUUCUAUUGCAACAUCCAUCCGGUGAUAGUUCACUGAAGAGAGGAGGCAGAAGAAAACCGAAAAAAAGUCAAGAGGUAGCAACACUGGAUGAAAGGAACUUUGAGAUAUGGCAAGCAGACUGCAGCUGAAGACAGUAGAAAAAUAGACACCUAUACAAAUUUCUAUUGGAACAUCCAUCUAGUGAUAGUUCACUGAAAAAGAGAAGGCAGAAGAAAACUGAAUAAGAAAGUCCAGAGGUAGCAACACUGGAUGAAAGGAACUUUGAGAUAUGGCAAGCGGACUGUAGCUGGAGACAAAGUAGAAAAAUAGACACCUAUAAAAAUUUCUAUCAUCGACAACAUCCACUCAUAUUUCACUGAAAAAGAGACAAGGCAGAAACCCGAAUAAUAAAGUCGGUAGAAGCACUGGGUGAAAGGAACUGCGCCACGGCAAGCAGACUGCCGGAGACAAAGGCGUGGAAGGGUUAUAGGCCGCGGGGUCCGAAGGGGCGGAGGGCGAAAGGGUCGAAUUUUCGACAUCCUCGCCGGCGGUGGUAGCCCGCGAUGAGAAAACCCACCGGACAGGUUUUAAAGAGAGCCACGUCCAGGACGCAGGACGUUUAACGUCUUGAUUCCCCGGCCGGGAAGCUACAACCUCGCACGGACGCGCGCUCGCUCGGUACGGCUAGUCCCUGUACCCUCCCGCGGAGCCGUCGAUACUCUCAGCGUCCGGGCUGGACCAUGUCGGCGCCCGUUUCAUGGCAGUGAACCCGGCGGAGGAGAAAGCGCGAGCAUGCCGAGCUCGUUAUCGCGGCGCUUUCAGUGAUUGUGCCGUCGCGGCGGGCCGCUGGCCGCCGACGAGGAGAGAGACGCGGGAGCGUUGGAUGACAUCGCCGGACCGCUCCGCGCGGAGACGUCGACGCGCCAGUUGACGGGAGUCCGGUAGCCGUGCGUCUCUGCCGCGGACACCGCCGGUACAAGCGAGCCAUUCAUACCAGCGGAAAGUUCCCGGUGCGUCUUUAAAUAGCCGCCGCGGCUGGAAACGCGCGCAGAAAAAGAAGAAGCCCGCUCGGGACUCGGCCCUUGGACGCUGUAUGCGCGCUUUCCGUGGCCGCACGCGCGAAACUCGUGCAUGGGUCCGUUUAAUCGCCCCACGGCCUCUCAGAAGCGUGCAAGGGACGUGACGUGAACCGUGAGCUUAAAUUAGCCGCACCGGUGGAAGCUGGAAAGCGUCUCUACAGCCUGGGUCAGGACGGACCCGGGCACUGAUUUGGAAGGCGGUUGGAAGUUGAGUCUGGAAUUUGUUACGUCUAGCUGUUGGCCAUAACUGUGAGCUUGAAUUAGCUGCACCGGUGGAAGCUUGGAAGCGUUUCUGCAAACCUGGGUCAGAACAGACCCGGGCACCUGUGGCAACUGGAAGGUAGUUGGAGGUUGAGUCUGGAAUUGGUUGCCUCUAGCUGUCGGCAGGAUGACCUCCGUGUUACCGGAAGUGGAGACGAAGGUCGCCAAGCUGAAGCAGAAGCUGAAGAACGACGUCCGCGGUAAGGAGGAGAGCCGCUCGUUCCUGAGCUUCUCCAGGGAGAACCUGAGCAUCUCGCAGUCGGAGCUCGAGCAGGGCUUGAACAAACAAUGCUCAAGGCCGCAUAGGAACACUGUGCUGAGCGUGAUCGCGUUGGUCGUCGCUGUCCUCUGUCUCGGCCUGGAGACCUGGAAGCUUCGGUGCUCAGCGGUGAACGCGAGGGAGAUCGAGGAGCUGAAGCGGGACGUGGAGAGCCUCAAGCACCGGAUCCUCGAGGAGAAUCUCUGGGACGCGCUGAAAGCUUUCGAGGGACAGCUAUACACCGGAGGGUCGCGUGACGAGGACGACGAUGCCGGAGAGGCGGACAUCGACAACGCCGACUACGACUCUGCCUACGACGACAACUUCUCUCACGACUACUCCAACUACUACGCAUCCCCUGCUCCGUCUUACGGCGCCAGACCCUCCGAUUUCCCGGACUACUCGUCGACCAUCGCGCCAGUUCCAUCCCCGCCGUCUCCGCCAAGCGCUGACAAAGCCAUGAUGGACCUCCUAUCGGCGCCCUCUCUGCGCAAGGCCGAGGUCAAACACGGCCAAGCGUCGAAGAAGAAUGACAGGGACGGUAGCCACAAGAAUGACAAGGAUCAUCGCGCGGAGGACGAGAGGAAGACUCUUGAAGAGAAGCUGAAGAACACCACCAAGCAGAAGAGGCAUGCUCCAGGUAGCAGAAGCGAGGACUCAGCAGAACGGAGAGGCUCGCUGAAGAAACGGUCCAUUGGCGACCAUGAGGUCCAUUCUAGGAGGCUGGUGCUGAAGGACGAGUACCAAGACCAUACCAGGAGGACGAUGCCGACUAGCCCUGAUGACAGUUUGAAAGACAGAUCCGUCGAAGUCAGAGGCAGACACCCACCUAAAAAGUACACUCACCACACCCUGGACACCGGUAGCGUCCCAUCGCUUGAAGUAAGCGAGCCGAACGUCCACGGGGAGCAUCGUCAGCCGAAGAAGUCCGCUCGCCGGCUGAAGAAGAACCUACCGGUGUCCAAGCGGAUCUACGCCGCGCAUUAUAGCGCCGACAGGGAGCUGCCGGGCGUCAGCGAGUGCAACCACAGGUGCGGGAGGCACUGCAACACCUCUGACACUGGCCACUGUCACAGGGACAGGAUAUUCACCGCGUGGCGAGCCACCGAGUGGGUGGACGAGCUCAUGGGGCAGCACUUCACCAUGCAGAACGACGGCAGCCUGAUAAUCAACCACGACGGACUGUACCUGGUCUACGCGCAGAUCCACUACGUGGACACGGUUCACGAGGCAGGCUUCAAUCUAGAAGUCAACGACCGCAUCAUCUUGAAGUGCACGGUGUCGAAGUCGGGCCAGAAGAUCGACCAGACCUGCUUCUCCGCUCAAGUGACGCCUCUCAAGCAGAACGACUCCUUAGCCCUGAAGGAGACCGGCGAGUCGCCGCGCGGCGCCGUGCUCGAGGCCAUCGACAGCUUCUUUGGAGUGGUCAGGCUCGGGGAUAUAAAAACCCUGUCGAAACGCUACUCGUCCCAGUAACGCGCCGCCGAUCCAGCUGGACCGUUUUUGUCGAAUCAGCCGCCGAGUGGCUCGAGUGUAAUUUAUUGCGACGUCUGCAAAUCAGAGUUCCCAGACAGUGCCAUCAGUGUAAAUAAUUCUUUUGUAUUCCCACGCCGGGUAAUUUUACAACGCGCUUGGUCCUCCGCGAUGAGAGCUCGCGGGAGUGAGAGUUUUGGUAAACGAUUUUGUAGUGGCCGGAACCAGAAAUAAACGUUGCGUCGCAGGAACCAGAUGACGCGUCAGUCGCGGCACACCCGUUCACAUGGAGACUCCUGCUCGCGGUACAACUGAGCGCGCCGGCUGCUUAUCGGGAUCAGGUCGCCGGGAAAAUGUAUCAGGUCAACGAUGAAGUUCGGCUUGAGCAGCUUCGACGGGAACACCGUUUGACGGUGGUCGAUGGACGCUGCGUGCUCGUCCGGGGUUCUCUUGUACGUGAAUGAUUGUAACGUUAGGAACUCUGGACACGAGGGGUUCCCCUUUAUGUAACGCUGGUACGCAGUCUCCUCGGCUGGGUCGUUUGUCUACGAAGUUAUUUUUUAUUAAUCUUCAGUGGAAUUUCGACAAGUUUCUAUUAAAUGCGGCUAGUCUGAUAUAUAUUUGACACCCUUUGCACUCGGUGGAAAUGUUUCAAUGUUUUCUGAUGGGAUGUAGAUGAUAUUCUGUGAAACUUGAAGAGAAAUAUGUAAAUUGGGGAACAGCUAUUUUAUUUCAGUGUUCCUUAAAUUGAUGUGUUACAGGUAAUUAACACGUUGAAUGCCUGGUGACUCUCAACUGAAUCAGAUUGCUAUAGUACUCAGUUAACCCUUUGGCCUAUGAUUUCUUUUACAACUCUGGUUGAUACGGCCAUUUUGUCAUUGAUAAUUUAUUGGAAAAAGAGAAAGAUUUUAAGCAUAUGUUCAGUCAAAUGAUUUAAUAUUAUAUUCUUCCUAUUUAAGUAUUUUUCUCUAUGAAAUCCUGUAGCGUUCAACGUAUUAAAUAUGAAAUUUUAUAGUUUCACUGUAAAUCUGGUGGUGAAAGAGUGCAAAGGGUUAGAGUAGAGCACCCUGUGUAACUGUAUAGUGAUUUAAAUGAAUUGUUAAGGUAUUACUUCGGGCACAGCUACUUCGAUCCAAGCUUUCCCGUACUCUCCACGCACCAAAGCAGCAGGUAGAUGCACUCUAUCCGCUAUCACCUUGAACAGUAAGGCUCUCUCUAGAUAGGAACCAACGCGCAGCAUGCCCAACGGUACGACACUGGUCUCUAUACUCUUCUUGAUUUCUUUCAAAUGUACUUCCAACUGAUGAUCGAUGCAGUUGACCAGUCGAUCCGGUCCCGACAUUUGCUUCACCACGAAUUCAGCCAACAUCUGGGCACGCACGGCCACGCAGCUGAUGUUCGUCAAACCUGACUUUGUCUUGGACGCUCUGUAUUAACAGCGUGACAUCGUUCGUCUUGAUUAGAAAUUAACACGUUGGAUGCCAUGGAGGUCACCAAUGACCUCAACCAAAUCGAACUACUAUGGCUCAUUCAAUUAAACAUUCAAUUUGUAUACUACAAUGCUACCUAAUGCGACAUUGAGCAAGAUGAGCGCGCCAUAAUAAUGAUUCAAUGAUUUGAAUUUUUAAUUAUUAAAAAUUAUAUUAUUAAUAUUUGAAUUUUGUUCUCCUUUGCGGACGAAUGUCGGCAUUCCGAAAUUUUCAUAUUCGAAAGACCAAGUCACAAAAGAAUGAUUCAAUUACUCAAAUAGCAGAUCAGCACGUAGUUUCCUUUUUUAUCAAUUAUGCAACUUAUAUAUAAUUCAGCUCCUGUUGAAGGUUUUGUACGUUUCAAAGAAUCUUCGUCCGCAAAGGGUUAAUGUUAUAUCUUUUCCAUUCUGUGUAUCUUGCUCUGACAUCGUGCGGCGUUCAACGUUUUAACCCUCUAUGAGCCGAAUUUAUGUUCAUGAUUAUAACAAAAUCUAUGCAGUACAAAAUUAAUAAAUAUCCACAUAUGAAUAUGAAUUACGUGCGUACAACGUACUCAAUAGUUUCAAUAAUUUCAUCAAACGAAUAUAUUUUGUAACUUUCAGUGCAAAAUAAAAUAAAUCAACAAGAUGCCACAUACUGAUACGUGACUUCAAAGUUACAUAGGCCUAUAGAGGGUUAACAUUCAUUUCUAUCAGGGAACACGUACACGGCUUUCGACUCAGCAGCGAUGAGCUUGCACUUGAACAGCUCCACGUAGUCGUGCAGACAGGGGUCGCACUGCAGGCGACCGAAUUUCGAGUCCAUCACUAAAUCCUCCAGCUGGCCGGACAGAAACACGGUCCGACGAGUGACCUCGCUCGUAUAGCCCAGAUUCUCUGCAAGAUAAAGACAUGUUGAUACACCGUGCUACACGAGUAAUAAACAACGUACCUUUUAAGACUGAAUGACGCAACGAGUCCAGGGAAUCCGACUUGCGGGGGCGUAUACAGUUCACCACGUAAACCGUUUCCAGCGGACAGCAUUUGAACCGGAAGAUAUCAUCCAAUAUUGGGAAUCUGUUUACAGUUGAGAGGAGCUAAAGUUAUUGGAUAACCAAAAGCAAUGCGAUAAUAAUAAUAACACUUUCUGUCACAGAACAGACCACUUGAACUCGUUUCAAGUCUAGAGGAAUCUAUCAAAAUGUCAAGGUUAUUUCUCAUGAAACUAUCCUUGAAGACUAUUAACUCUAAUCAGACCACGAUUUGACUUUCUCACAUUUCCAAGUGUUUUUGGGCUUUUGAAAUUUAAGCCCAAUAAACAAACAAUAUUUUAAUCGUUCCUUUUAUCCUCAUAAGUGACUGAGAGUCACAUUUGAAUUUACUUGAAUUUUUUCAUUAUUUCAUAUUGCAUUUCCAAGUAUUUGUAGGCUUUUGAAAUUCAGGCCCCAUAAACAGAAACAAUAACAUUUUAAUCAUCAUAACUGACUGAGAGUCACAUCGUGGUACGAUCAGGGUUGAAGCUAGUCUCAUCAUAGUCACACAAUGGAUGACCUUGAGUCGAAACUUCUUUUUCAGAGUACUGUGGUACGUUAAGUGUUGUAAGGCUGAACGAUGUCCUACGGGCAGACGUUUCUUCGUAGAACGUAGAAUCCGUUUUGGGUGAUGUCGUGUAACGAGAGCCGCCCGGUGAAAGCAAACUUGAUUGGCAGGUGAGAGUCGAAGAGCGCGUCUAUGCAGGUGUCCCAGGAGGGUACGACUCUCGCGGUGGAUCGGUUCUUCAGCAUGCUUGACCAGUCAUUAUUUUCAUUGAUUAUUCUCUACCUUGAAUAUUGACACGUCGAAUGCCAUGACAGUCACCGGUGACCACCAACUGAAUUGGAUUACUAUAGUUCACAUAGUUAAACUAUGAUUAUUUGAAAAGAUCUCUAUAUUAUAAAUAAAGCUGCCUAAUGCGGUGACGUUCAGCUAGAUGCAAUAAUAGUGCAAUUCAAUCAAAUGAUUUAAUAUUAUAUUUCAAUUUGGGCAUUUUGCUCUGUGAUAGAGGUGGCCAAAAUAUGAGAUUGAAUGAUUACAAGUGGCACAUUACAUCCUUACUACUUAUUCUUUUUUUAAGCUUCAAUAAAAGUGUCUUUUGAACUCUAAAUUAAUUAAUUUAAUUGCAAGAUUGACUUAUUCCUUUUUCUCCUCUAAGAGAAGCAGAUCCUACCCUUAUCCCCAUUUUCCUAGCCCAACCGUGAAUGUAAGAAGGU